AAUGCAUACCGAAUAUAUUUUCCGCUUCGCAAAAAUAUCAUCUCGCGAGUUUUCACUUGAAUUUUAAACGCGGGAGCCAACCGCUAAAAGACUGAACGUUAUGCCAUGGAUUCUGUAGAUGAGGACGUGUCUGCUCGGAUUCUCCUGCAAAAUGUAAUUCAUACGGAGUCCUCCAGGUCCCCAAUUACCCGCAGUGCCUCCCAGGCUCAGUUCCAGUCCCCGGGGUCCAGAGUCAGACGUAGUAUCAGACUAAGGAGGAGUGAUGUUGGGGCCCUUACCCCACAGGAGGCCCUCAAACAGAGCAUCAAAAAGAAGCUUCGUGAGAGCACUUCCAGGUCUUCCCUGCCAGUGCCACCCAGUAAGAGGCGGACUAUAUCAGAGGGAGUCAGGAAGAUAAACACGCCUGCACCAGCCACAGCCUCACUUCUCUAUGACGAUGACAUCACACCUAGAUACCUACUCAGGGGGAUCCUGCAGACAGAGCCGGAGACAUCCCUGCUGGUUCAGGACUGGCCAGUCAGGAAGGAGCCAGAGCUGCCCUCCACAAACUCCGGUCUUCACAGCAACCGCCCAAGUACAGGGCUGUCUGAGUUGGAUCUCCCUGACAUGACCACCACAGUAAACCUGUCAAAUACGGUGAAGGGACUAAGCAGGAAGCGACCACGUCGGAGUCUCAACAUAACAGCAUUCAACAGGCAGCUUGAACAUGGUGAAGACGGAGAGGGUGAAGGUGGCACUGCAACAGAAAAAUACCUCUCAUCCCAGUCUUCUGCCUCUCCAAGCUCUAUCACCCUCUCUCUGAAAACACCCUUUGUGGACGUUCGGACUGAGAAAAUGGGGAUUUCAAAGGAAGGUAGCAAAUCGUAAAAAAAUUAGCAUUGAGGAGUUUGACAAGGCCCUACAGAAUCGACAGGUGGCGAUGGGUGGAAACACUGAGCUGAGUGUUAGGGAGGAUCAGCAGGGUCUCAGUGAGACUGUUCGGUCCGAGGGGUUCACCUUGGGACUCAGUGACCUCACCGCCCCUGAC